CCAGUUUCCAGACAGGUGCGGCGCACACAACACACGAACAAUGCCUUCUACGGCUCCCGUUGCAAACUAACACAAUGAUAUAGAUGCUGCGACAUCGUGCGAUCCCCUGACCAUGGAUAUUCACAGGUGCCGCUUUGUGCAGUAUCCUCCGCAGCCGAUUAACGCUCUCGCGUUUUCUCACUCCUCGAAUCCAAAGAAAAAAGCUCCUGCUGAUCUGCGCCUGGCCCUGGGUCGAAACAACGGCGACAUUGAGAUAUGGAAUCCUCAAAAUGGUCUCUGGGUGCAGGAAACCAUUCUAGAAGGGAGCAAAAACGCAACAAUUGAACAGCUCGUGUGGACCCAAGACCUAGUCUGGGAAGAGGUGAAUGACACCAAUGCGCCGAAGACUUCAAGGGGUCCUUUACGGCUAUUUAGCACUGGCGGGUCGACCUCAGUGACGGAAUGGAAUCUCAAUACAGGGGCUCCCAGAAGUAAGGCGGAAGGAAAUUUUGGGGAUAUCUGGUGCUUCGCGGCACAACCUCAACUCCAAGAUGCGAAAACCUCAGAAGCCCUCGAGGGUGGCGCAGGGUCACAACUACUGGCAGCUGGGUGCUCCGACGGAACAAUCAUUCUCUUCUCCACCGAAGACGACGACUUGCGCUACCUCCGACCUCUAGCACAACCUCCCGUAAAGAAACCCAAAGUCCUCAGCUUGGUGUGGCGUGACCGCAACACCGUGGUUGCUGGAUAUGAAGACAGCACGAUCCGCGUCAUUGAUGUUCCGAGCAGAAUAAUCAUGCGAAAUAUGAGUUUGGGAAAGCCAAUAGAGGGCAACAACUCUGUCGUCUGGACUGUCAAAUGCCUCCCUGAUGGGACGAUCGUCUCCGGCGACUCAUCGGGUGAAUUGAAGGUCUGGGACUCAAAGAACUACUCUUUGGUCCAGCGACUAAAAAGCCACAAAGCCGACAUCCUCGACAUUGCCAUGAAUGCCUCUGGGGACACGAUUUUCUCAGUUGGUGUUGACCGGAGGACCGUGACCUACAAGACGGUCCCUCUGCAUUCUGGAACACAGAAGACGAGGUGGGCCGAGGUCUCCCAUAAAAGGUUCCAUCAACACGACGUCAAAUGUGCAGCCAGCUUUGAGAGUAUAGAGUUGAGCAUGCUGGUCUCGGGAGGCAUGGAUGCUCGACCUGUCGUCGUCCCCAUACGCCGCUCACAGACCGAGUAUCAUCGUGGUCUUUCCCACCUCCCCCAACGAUCACAGAUUUCUGCUUCCAAAAAUUCACGGAUGUUCAUUUCCUGGUGGGACCGCGAGAUUGUGGUUUAUCAUGUGCGCAAAUUUUCGAAUCUGCCACCGGCCGGUGUAGGCCCUGAAGGAGCCAUGGAAUCGUGUUAUGACACACUUACAAGGCUUGUCAUCCAGGACGACGAGAGCAUUCAAGAUGCACAGAUCUCGCGAGAUGGACGACUGAUUGUUGCUGCAACCAUCAAUAGCGUCAAACUGUUUCAACUACGAAAGACUCAAGUCUCGGGUAAAACAUGUCUGCGGACCCGACAAGUUGAACUUCCACCUUCCAUAACCCGCCUAGGUGCAAGGAGAGCAGGCUUCUCGCCAGACGGCAAGUGGCUGUGGUGUGUUCGAAAAGAUAACGCUGUGGUCAUGCUAAAGCUUGUUCCUUCGGUCGACCCGAAAGAGCGUCCGGCAAUUCAUGAGAAAAUUGUCAAGCUCUACCGGCAGCCCCGAAAGACGGCGCAGUCUGCACUCGGAAACUAUCUCCAAAUCAUCAAUCAAGUCGCGUUCUCGACAGACAGUCGUGUUCUCGGUGUGGGAGACCUAUCAGGCAGCAUCGACGUCUGGGUGCUUGAAGGUCACGAAGACGUCAACUUCAUCCACGACGCAGCACCUGAUUCCUCUAGCAACUCAUCUGGGUCUUCCUCCUCCUCUACAAACUCGGACGAUGAAGACGACGACUCGUUCUCGCCCGUCAUCCACGGCCAAAAGUGGAUUCGCAACCCAUCUGGUUCCCGCCUCCCACAACUUGACUCCUCGAUCCUCGCGCUGACAUUUCGACCUUCACAUACCAUCACCAAGUCAUCAUCACCAGGUACUCACGAUAAUCGGGGUCUACACGCAACGCGCCGUAACCCGCACCCUGUCAGCCGUGCACUCGCUGACGAGGCGAAUGCUAAACUCAUAGCUGUCACUGCAAAACAUCAACUCGUGGAAUUUGACAUCUUCACUGCCAAGCUGAGUGAUUGGUCACGGCGGAAUCCCUCUCGGUUUCUGCCACACGAUUUCACCAAAAUCAAAGACCGGGUUGUGGGGUGCUUCUGGGACUGCUCUGAUAGGGUGAGCAAAGGGGAAAGGUUGUGGUUGUACGGAUCCACCUGGAUAUUCAUGUUUGACGUUUCGAGAGACUUAUUGAAAGACCACCCGACGGGGGCAAUAGGGGGCUCUAGGGCAGGGGAAGUCGAGAAAGCCGGACGAUUGGGAAGAUACGAAGUGGUGGAACCGCUCAUAAAGGGAGGCGAUGCUAAUCGAAAACAACGAAAGCUACUCCAGCCCGCUGUCAACGGACAACGAGAGGGCGACAGAAGAGGCAGGAAGCGCAAGCGCAACACGGGAGCAGGGGACGAGAUCCGGCUCGAAGAGCGAGAGGGCGGGAUUGGGACUGAAUUGCGCAGGUUCAAGAAUGGCUCAGGCGAUGAUGCGGAAGUGGUUGAUCUCGACAUCAAUAACACCGCGAACGAGAUGGACUUGGAUGAUGAGCUGGAUGAAGAUGAAGGACAAGACGACGCUUUGGCCCUGAUGAGACGGGGUGAGGAAGCGGGCAAGGACGAACAGACCACGGUGUCAGUCUCUGCGCAGAAGGCGCCCAGGAUGUACUGGUCCACGUUCGAAUACCACUCGAUCCUGGGGAUAGAAGUUAUUGGGCCUGCAGAGCCCUCCCGUCAGACCGACAAUGGCACCGCCAUUGAAGUGGCCGCGCCCGAGGGAAAGGAGCCGGAAGAAAGCAGCCAUCUUGGGGGAAAUAUGGAAGGGGGCUCCUGCGGGAAUAUCGAAGUCAUCAUCGUCGAGCGACCCAUGCACGAUGUUGAGCAGGGAUCUCGCUUCGACGGCGGGCAGGAGUGGGAUGUGUGAACCGUUAUGGGGGAUUGCUUCGCAUGUACGCGAAUGGACGAGAUGCCUUGUUUCAUGCAGCUCAUUCGAGAUGUGGCGGCCUACUGCUGAGAUCCAAUUUGGCUGUGGAUUCUGUCUAUUUGUGACGCCUGUUGUCAGGGACCUUGGUCCCGUACCCGGCACGAACUGUACCUAGGUAGAUCUGUGUCGAUACAACAAGCACAAUUUCUCGAUGAUGACGAUGAUGAUGAUCAACUAUAAGCACGACCGCAAAGAUGAGGACGAGGGCAGGGACGAAGCUAUAGACCAG